AUGAAGCUCACAAAAGAAGAUAUUGCACAGCACAAUAGCAGGGAUUCUUGCUGGGUGGCUAUCCAUGGUGGGGUCUAUGAUGUGACAGACUUUCUGGACUCCCAUCCUGGCGGUGCAAAUGUAAUCUUGCGUUGCGCUGGCAGAGACGCGACCAAUGAAUUUGACUCUGUCCAUUCGAAAGAGACCUUGACCGAAGGCCUUCCCAAAAGUGCCUUGAAAGGUCAUAUCGAUGCAACAGAAUUGAAGACCUCAAAUUAUGCUGAAAACACAAACCCGGAUUGCAAUCCGGCGGAUAGCAGUCCUCCACCAUUAGGCACCCUCAUCAACCUGCACGAUUUUGAACAAGUAGCCCAAAAAUAUCUCACUGCAAAUGCCUGGGCGUAUUAUUCAUCUGGAGCAGAUGACGAGAUCAGCAAACGGAACAACGCCAAAGCAUAUCAAAAAGUCUCUCUGCGACCUCGAAUCUUACGAAAAAUUCCAAGCGUGGACACCACAACAUCAAUUCUAGGCCACAAAGUAUCCCUUCCGGUCUAUAUAUCUCCUGUCGGAAUUGCCAAGUUUGCACACCCUGAUGGAGAGUGUGCCUUGGCUGCAGCCGCAGGCAAAGAUGGAUUGGCACAAGUCCUCGCCAAUGGCGCCAGUAUGCCAAUUGAGAGGGUCAUGGAGGCGCGCACAUCAGCAGAUCAGCCGUUAUUUGCCCAAUUGUAUGUCAAUCGCGAUAUUAACAAGUCGGUGGACACUAUUCGGCGAGCAGUGAAGGUUGGAGCUCAAGCAAUUUGGAUCACUGUUGACUCUCCGGUGGUUGGGAAAAGAGAAAUGGAUGAGAGGCUGAAUUUGAGCGUGACGGCGGAAGAUAGCACUGCUCAAGGACAAGGGGUUGCGAAGAUUAUGGCGAGCUCGAUAUCCCCCUUCAUUGACUGGAGUAUUCUUUCAUGGUUGCGAGACCUGACGGACCUCCCUGUCGUUAUCAAGGGUAUUCAGUGCGUUGAAGACGCCGUACUCGCUUAUGAGCAUGGGGUGCAAGGGAUCGUUCUCUCCAACCAUGGCGGUCGAUCUCAAGACACAGCUCAAUCGCCACUGAUCACUCUUCUCGAGAUCCGCAAAUUUGCACCGUUCUUGCUGAAAAGCAAAAUGCAGAUUUUCAUCGAUGGUGGAAUUCGUAGAGGGACAGACGUCCUUAAAGCCAUUGCUUUGGGGGCUACUGCGGUUGGAUUGGGUCGGCCGUUCCUAUUCAGUUUGUCAGCAGGUUAUGGGGAGAAGGGGGUGCGGCGUAUGGUGAAGAUCCUUAGGCAGGAGAUCGAAUCCAAUAUGGUCUUCCUUGGGGCCACCAGUCUUCAGGAGUUGUGUCCAGAGAUGGUGAAUGCGGGUCGUUUGGAACGGGACUUGGUUGGUAGCGUCAAGUUGUAA